AUGGACUCCACUAGUGCUCUGGGCAAGAUCGAGGGUCGUCUCAACUCCUCUACCUACCAGCCGACUACUCGACAGACUAAACGGUGGUUUUCACGGCUGGCAGACCUACUGGAGUACGAUGAGGCUGAUAUAACCUACCGGCAUGCGAAAGGGAAGGAUAACUCUUUCAGAGAUCUCCUGAGUCGUCUUGCUCAAGGGGGACAGCGGUAUGUCUCUGAGGGUGGUGGCGAAGCGUUUGCAUUGAUGAUCUCGACAUCAUCCUCCCAAAGUGAACUACCCACCACGGAUCGUUCUGCCUCUGUCCACGACUCCACCAGAUGCAUCCUGGCGGGUGGCCUGAGAGUUCAGUUGAUAACUCUUCAGAAGGCAGAUUCCUCUACCCUCCUCCAUGGUGCUACGCUACAGGCAUGGCAACAUCACUUUGACGGAACUGGGAAACUUCAGAAAUUAGCCGCUGAGGCUAAAGCUCUCGGCCUUGUCACCCAUGUUGGAGGGGUGGUCAUGACUAUCUCUGAAGCUGUGUUGACUGAACCGAUAUCUGUUCCAGUCAUUCCAGGAGGCGUAGUUACCGGUUUGAAUGGCAUGAUCGGCACCAAUGCCGACACAGACUGA